GGGCAGGGUAAUUGGGGGUCUUGGGGGGCAAUUGAGGGGUCGGGGGGUCGUGUUUAGGACCCCCUGUGACCCCCACCGCCCCUCCCAAGGCCAUGGAGGCUCCACAGAGUCGCCGCGUUGGGAUCCUGGGCUACGGCCAGUUGGGGCAGUUCCUGGCCCAGCAGCUCCUGGCCCAGGGGCCCACCCUGGGCCUGACCUUGGCCUGGGUCUGGGCCCGGGACAGGGCGAGUUUGGGGGGACUCCCCCCAGCCCUGCGCCUCCACAACCUGGGGCUCCUGCCCAGCACAGAGGUGGACCUGGUGGUGGAGGUGGCCCACCCAUGUGUGGCCCAGGAACACGGCGAGGACAUCCUAGGACACGCGGAUUUCAUGCUUGGGUCCCCCACAGCCCUGGCAGACCCCGAGACUGAGCAGCGGCUCCGGGAGGCAGCGACACGGGGGGGCCACACCCUGUAUGUCCCCAGGGGGGCCUUGUGGGGCUGCGAGGACAUCGCUAGGAUGGACCGGCAGGGGACACUGGCUGCCCUGAAGGUGACAAUGACUAAGUCCCCGCAGAGUUUCCGGGCACAGGGGUGGCUCCAGGAGCGGGUGGCAGCCGCAAUGGCCUCAGGGACGAGGAUGGUCCUGUACGAGGGUCCCCUGCGGCCCCUCUGUCCCCUUGUCCCCAACAAUGUCAACACGAUGGCAGCGGCGGCCGUGGCAGCACCAGGGCUGGGCUUCGACGGUGUCACUGCCUGCCUGGUGGCCGACCCCAGCCUGCACUGGACAUGGUGGGUGUGUCCGUCUCUGCUGAGCUCCCAGGACCAUGAUGAGCUGGGGCCCACCGAGGACCCCCUGAAAACCAUCAGAGGACCCCCCGGACCCUUUGGCAACAUUAAACCCCCCCAAAACCGUGCAUCGGUGUCACCCUUGCUGUCAUGAUGGCACCCUCGGGAUGGAAGAGGCUGCCUUGGCCUCUGAUUGGCUGAGGUGUUGCGUGGAGGGGCUCUGAUUGGUGGAUGUGCCGUGGAAAGCACGAUGGGAAGAGGAUCGCCUGUCGCCGAUCGGUGGGAGGGGAAGGUCCGAGGGUUGUGAUUGGCUGGGAAGCGGGCAAAGUGUGACAGGAGGUGUAGUUCCAGGU